UCUACUUCACAAGCGUCAGAUUCACAUUGGGAUUUGGAAAGAUGCAGUGUUUUGCUUUUUUGGCAUUGGUGGUUGUUGCCCUUGUUCUGGUGGGUCAAACCGACGCUUGGUGGCUGGUCGGGAGGAAUGGAAACAACAACCAAUGCCCCAGUAGAGAAACGGCCACUCCUUAUUACUUCGGCACGACGGACCUAUCCUGUAUGCACAGAAAUAUAAGGGGAAAGCGAUCUGCGCCAUCUAGAGGUACCCUGGAGUGGGUGCAUCGAUUCAUCUUCUACAAAGGGUACUACUUCGAGUUCUUCGACAACUCGAAGGCGUACAUCUCAACACAGCGUCAAUUCGCAAACGUCUGUCCCGGGGGUCCGGAAUCCUCUCCCGCCGGAUACAGUGAGCUAGAUAUCGACUGCAUCAAGGGGUGUGCCAGGAACUAUCGGUGUCACUUCGGAAGCUACAGUCUCCUGGGCAACAACUGCCACCACUUUACCAAUGAAAUCUCCCGGGUCCUCUGUACUAGUGGACAGAGUUGUCCCGCCUGGUGCCUCGAUGACUGUAACCACGCGGUGGAGAGAAAUUAACUUACGGUCUAUAAUGAUAACACGGGAUGAGAGCAUGCGAUUAUCAAAUCAUCAUUUUUCUGACUCGUGGUUAAGUCAAUUUUGAGAAUAAAAUUAAGUAUUAAUAAUAUUGAUG